UCAUAGCAAACCGCGCUAGUUUUUUGUUUGGGCGAACCGAUUACCUAGCGCGACCUUUUUCUAUCGGUUUUUUUGUUUGUUAUUUGUAAUUUUAUUCGUCUGUUUUAUAUCGUGUAAUACACUGUUUUUAUGAAUAUGUUUUCUAGUGAUUAGUGAUGUGAAGUUUUUGUUGGAUUGAUUUUUAACAAUAUUUUGAAGGUCGAGGAUAAUAAUUCUGAUGCCGCGGCCUGCAAUGUUGUAUUACGACGAUGAAGACGAAGAUGGAUCUCCCGACAGCGUGGGUUUUAUUGAGGAGGAUCAUCCCCUGCAAUUGCACGGAAACAGAGAAUUAGCGGCGCAGGCCGUUAAGCUGCUCCAAGUCCCAAGUCGGCCGGGCGAUGCGUCAUUUGCAUCGUCCACCACUGAUAUGGAUGUACCCAUUUAUGUGAGGGGUCCUUCGUCUAGGAGCCCAGGAAAUCGGAGCCUCAACGGAAGACUGUUGUUCGCCAUCAUAGCUUCGGCUUUCGGUUCGGCAUUCCAACAUGGGUACAACACAGGCGUGGUGAACGCUCCCCAAGCGCUGAUCGAAAAAUGGAUUAGCGGUGUGAUAUCUGGCAGAAACGACGGCAAACCAACGGACCAAACACAAGUGACAUUGAUAUGGGCCGUUGCGGUGUCGAUAUUCUGUGUCGGCGGUAUGGUCGGCGGUCUGAGUACAGGCUUCGUGGCCGAGAAGUUUGGUCGCAAGGGCGGUUUGCUAGUGUCCAACGCACUGGUCAUCCUGUCGGCUGCACUCCAAGGCGUUUCAAAGAUGUACUCAUCGUACGAACUAAUCAUCAUCGGACGUUUUAUCAUCGGUAUCAACUCCGGACUUAACGCUGGACUGACCCCAAUGUACCUGGCCGAGAUCUCUCCCAUGAAUUUACGUGGAUCCGUCGGAACCGUUUACCAACUGGUCGUUACAAUUUCGAUUUUGAUUUCUCAAAUAUUGGGCUUGGACUACAUUUUGGGUACAGCUGAACUUUGGCCCGUACUGUUGGCUUUAAUCAUCGCGCCAGCCAUAUUCAUGUUCGCCACAUUGCCUUUCUGCCCGGAAUCACCAAAGUACACGCUGAUCAACAAGAAGAAAGACAUCGAAGCCGAAAGAGGACUGCAGUGGCUGAGAGGAACGAUCGAAGUGCACGACGAGAUGGAUGAAAUGAGAGCCGAAAACGAGGCGAUGAAGGUCAUCCCGAAAGUAACUCUUCGUGAGAUGUUGUCGAACCCGAUGUUGAAAACUCCACUAGGAAUAUCUGUGAUGAUCAUGUUGUGCCAACAGUUGUCCGGUAUCAACGCCGUCAUGUUCUUCUCCACGAAAAUCUUCAAUAUGGCUGGGAUGAGCAAUGAUGGAGCCAAAUACGCCACGCUCGGCAUGGGUUCACUCAACGUGAUAAUGACGCUGAUCUCUCUGUUCUUGGUCGAACUCACUGGUCGAAAGACUCUGUUAAUGAUUGGAUUCUCUUCCAUGUUCGUCGUCACCGUUAUGCUUACUAUCGCUCUGAUGUUUGUGAAUGUCAGUUCCAUUGUGUCCGGUUUGGCCGUGGUACUCGUCAUGGCCUUCGUCAUCGCGUUCGCCGUCGGCCCGGGAUCCAUCCCAUGGUUCUUAGUGUCCGAAUUGUUCAACUCGUCUGCCCGACCAUUGGCCACCAGCAUAGCCGUCGGAGUCAACUGGACGGCCAAUUUCGUCGUCGGCCUGGGUUUCCUACCUCUGCAGGAAAUGUUGCAGUCAAACGUGUUCCUCAUAUUCGUCGUGUUGCUCGCGCUGUUCGUGUUGUACGUGUACAAAAAAGUUCCAGAAACCAAGAACAAGACUUUGGAAGAGAUUCAAAUGGGUUUCAGACAGGAAUCGUACAAAUAAUCAGGCGCGUCCUAGUAGUAAUAAUAAUAAUACUAUGACACCACCGAGAAAAAGAUUCCUCAGCCAGAAGCUAUAUAAUAUAAUACAAAUACAUAUAUUAUAUAUUAUAUAUUAUACGAGUACCUUUUUCAUUACAAUAUAAAAAAACAUUUAUGUGGUAAAAAAAAAAAAAAAUUAAAUCAUCAUAUUAUACAGUUGUAAUUAGAUAAAUUGAUCCCCCCUGCCCUAUAUUAUUAUUAUGUUAAUGAUUGUACAUGUUGCGUAUUGCACCCCGAAAACACCUUACCCUCAUGAAAUAAUAGAUUAUAAUAUAUAUUUUAUACCGCGUCCGUUUUUCCUGCGCCGCCCACAGAUUUAUAGUGGUCACCAACCGAAUUCGAUCAGUAAAAAUUAAUCUUCCAUUUCAGUAACCACCUGUUUUUUCAUCCAGAUAACAUUUUAUUUUAUUCUCGAAGAUAGUAUAUGCAUAUUAUUAUGGUUUUUUUUUUUUUUUUUUAUGUUUUCUGUUAGAAUCAUAAACAUUUUUGCCAAUAGUUUUAAUACUCGUAAAAUUGAAUUAUUUUUUCACGGGUAAAGAUUAUAAUAUUUUAAUUUAUUUUAUUAUAUUUUUUUUUUUUUGUGUAUUUUUUAUGAAAUAAAAGUGUAAUUAAUUUUAUCAUUGCAUUGUAAUACUAUUAUCCUAUCUACUAUAUUAUUGAUCCCUCAACAGAUAUUUAUAAAUCGUACCUGCACUAUACUACCAUGGUAUAGCGGAGAUCGAUCAAAAUAUUAUGUAUCAACUAUAGGUAUACCUGUUUACCUAUAAUUUUAAAAGAGAAGCAUGUUUGAUUGUAAUUUAAAUAGACUAACUACUAAUGUGUUA